AUGAAUCUUCAUCGUCAUAAUAACGAUAAUGGCUUCCCAACAAGAGAACUUCGAUUAUCUUCUCCAUGGGCAACCAUUUUGGCUAUAUUUUUUAUUGGCAAGAUUUUGUUGGUUAUUGCUGGAGUUAUUGUUAUUUCGUUGAUACCUCUGUAUCUAAGUCGCAAAAGCGAAGACAUAUCGGUGAACAAUCCUAAUGAUAGGAUAAGAUCAAUCAACAUGGCCUUUGCUGUCACGUCUGCCAUUUCAACAUCGCAGGCAGUAACUAACUACGAUUCAGUUGCCAAGCAAGUCAAUCAACAUCUCAAGUAUCCAGCGAACAUAUUUAAUGCUCAAUCAGCACAAUACUAUGCUGUGGCAGCCACAGGUGUUACUACGAAAAGGAAGAAACGCCAAGCAACGGACAAAUUAUCAUGCGAAACAGGCGCGAAAUUGAACCUAGUAUUAUACGUGAAUGUAUGUCCAAGUACUGGUUGUCAUACAUCUUAUUGCUUCGAAAAGUGUAUUCCCACAAUGAAGUCCCAAAUUCGAUCAGAACUAGGCUCGGAACCAUUAUUACUCAACAUUAAAACAGCUGAUGGAUCUACUUCCACUGUUUUGGCACAAUUUUGCUCGUUUGAUAACAUUGUUCCAACUACACUUACAACGAAUGGAGUGACAACAGCAUCGACAACAUCAACAACAUCAGCAACAACAUCAACGGGAUCGACAACAUCUGCAACAGAAGCAGAACCUGAAACAACAACAGAAGCAGAACCUGAAACAACAGCAGAAGAUUCUGCACCACGAUAA